CACCCAGCCGGAUCCGAUCUGCUGACGUGUCGGCUCCUUCUUCGCCUUCUAACCUCUAACUGCUCAUGCUCCAACAGCAACAGCAGGCAGCGAGCAAAGCAAAGCAGUCAACAGAAAACUGCCAGCAUGGCAGCAAAACACUUUUACCGACAAGGCUUUUUAUUACUUUUAUUUAAUUUUAUCUCCACGGCGGCGUUGGAAAAACGUUUCUCCAACUUUAAAAGAUGCGCCGAUGAGGAGUGCAGCAUGCUUCUGUGUCGAGGAAAAGCUUUGGCAGAUUUCACUGGACCAGACUGUCGGUUCCUGUCUUUCAAGGCAUCAGAAACUAUCUAUGUAUACUAUAAAUUGUCAGGCAGAAGGUCCGACAUGUGGGCCGGAAGUGUUGGAAAUAACUUUGGCUAUUUCCCAAAUGAUCUUCUUGCCGUUAACCACAUUUAUACGGAGAAAGAGUUUGAAAUUCCAGCAGAGGAAACAGAUUUCGUCUGUUUUGACACUGGAUUUAAUGCGUUUGACAGUUACGACGUAGAUUUACUAUUGGGCUCCUUACCGGAGGAGAAUGAUAGUGAAAAUAAGGAAACAUCUGAGGACGCACAGAAAGAAACACAGCCAUCAGAGGACGAGGCGUCUGACAGUGAAAAACAAACUGAACAUCAUGUCUCAGAGGAUGAUCAAAGUGCCUCUUUAUCUGAACUUGAACCUGAAUCACCUUUUGCAGGAGAAGAAGAACCUGAAGCAGAGGAUACGCCCGAUGCUACUGAAACAGAAGAAAUAGAAGUUGAGCAAACUCCAGAGCCUAUUUUUGAAAAUGCUGUGUCAGAAAGGAGUGAAACCAAAGAUACACCCGUGGAAUCUGUGGCCAAAGUUGAUGUUGUUUCAGAAAAUGAACCAGUCUCUAUUUCGGAAGGAGUGCAAAUCCCUGACUUAAAAACUACCCUUGGAACAACUUUCGAUGCUGUUACCACAGAUGAGGAAAUCACCAAGAGUGUUACCCCAUAUGAUUAUUAUGAGGAGGAUGAGCCUGAAAAUGUGGAGGAUCCUCCAGAGGAUAACACUGAAGUUAAAGCAGAAACUCCAUUGCUGACCAGAGCUGAUGUUGUUUCCGAAACCGAACCAGUCUCUAUGUCUGAUGGAGUGCAAAUCCCUGAGUUAAAAACCACCCUUGGAACAACUUUUGAUGCUGUUACCACAGAUGAAGAAAUCACCACGAGUGUUACCCCAUAUGACGAGGAGGACAGUGAAUAUGUAGAGAAUCCUCCUGAAGAUGACGUUGAUAUAAAAGUAGAAACUCCGUUGCUGGCCAGAGCGGAUGUUGUUUCCGAAAAUGAACCAGUCUCGACAUCUGAGGGAGUUCAAAUCCCUGAGUUAAAAACUACCCUUGGAUCAACUUUUGAUGCCGUCACCACAGAUGAAGAAAUCACCAAGAGUGUUACCCCAUAUGAAGAGGAGGAGCCCGAAGAUGUGGAGAAUCCUCCUGAAGAUGAUGUCAAAGUGGAAACCCCAUUGCUGUCUUUCUCUGAAGAAACUGUGAACACUCCAGCGACUGAUCCCCUCAAAAAGGAUGAAAGUCCUCCUCCAGCAAUUCAGGACGACACACCAGAGACUGCAGAGGAGAAGGGUAUGUGGACGUCAAUUGGAGAUGCUGUUUUUUCAGUUGUCACUGGCGGACAGAUGACGGAGCACGACUUGAGUUCAGAGGAAGAUGAAGAUGAUGAGGAGGAAGAAGCUGCAGAAGCAAAGAAAGACGUGGAAAAACUGAUAUCACUAACACCACCAAACGAACCAAAGGACAUAGAGCCAGUUCAUCAAGAUCCACGUACGUUCAGCUCUGUGCAAACUGACUCAGUUGAUAGUGAUGAUGAGAGUGAAGGGGAAGUUGUCGGACCUGAGGAAGCACUAAUCCACCAAGUGGGAGAUCCUGCCGUUCCUGAGGCUCAAACAACAGAUCUUAAAACAGCAGAUGACUCCUCUGAGCACAAAGAGGAGGAGGAUGAAGAUGAUAAUACAGGUGUACAGGAUUUAGACAAUGAAAACGAAACAGCGACCGAUCAUGACUUAGCCAGUAGAAAAACUGAAACACACCAGGACCCGUUGACAAUGGAGAUACAAUCGGAGAACUUGCAUGUCAAAUAUGAUGGAAAGAGAGUAGAAGACCGUCUACCUAAACAGAUACAUGACCAAUUAAUGAAAGACAUAGAAGGUAAUAACAGUCAACCAUCUAUGGAGGAACCCGAGAUUCAUGAGGAAGUUAUUAUGGAGGAGCUGGAUGACGAUAAAGAUCCAGACAUGGAGGAGAAAGAAGAAUUACUUGAAGACGAAAAUGCACUUUCUUUCUCACAACCAGACGGCACUGACUCCGACAAACCGCCACCUGAGACAAUCGCGUCGAGCCCAGAGCCAGAAUACAGCGAUAGCGUGAUGAGGCUGUCUCUGCUUCGAGACCACUUCACAGAGGAGAAGAUGGAGCGCAUCCAAAAGCUUCUGGGCCUCAAGAAUCUCUUUAAAGUGGAGGCCAUGUUCUCUGACUUGGACACAGAAUUCCACGCUACCCGUCGCACACUUACAGGGACGCACGCACAAGACAUUGAAAAUGCGCUCGAGGGCAUCCUGGAAGCCUCCGAGAACACUAUCCUGGACGAGAUUGAGAAGAUGCUGGAUAACCAGGGUACAAAACCCAGUUACGACCAACAUAUGGACACAAGUAGUAUGGAUGAGGAGACUGAAAUACUGGAUGACUUCCAGGAGCUUGCAUUCAGCCUACGACAGAAGUAUUCAACAGCCAGUGACAGCACGCCUUUGGCAACAGAAAAACCAUCAGAUAUUGACCAAGAUGAACGUGAAAUAAACAUUGUUGACGAAGACAACGUUAACGUCCCGAUGGCUGAGAGCGAUGACAACCUCACAGUAACGGAUCAUGAAGAAAAGCCAGCAGAAACUAAUGAAAAAGAGGUAGUAGUUUUGGACGAGGUGCACAGUGGACCAGACGUCAGUGUCGAGGAGGAUGGCGGACACUUUAAUAAAAACAAAGAAGGUCAGCCGGGCUUCGGCGCAUCAGAGGAGAUGCCGAAAAUCCCUCAAGCCACCCUGGAGAAGCCCUUAGAUGUGGGCCGUGUUGUCGAGGUUGAUCACUCGCAGUCAGGAUCCUUGGACUCUGUGGAGUCAGUGUCUGAAAUGAACGAAGAAGAAGUGGGAUUGUUCUCAACGGGAAUUGUCUACAUGGGCUGCAUUCUUUCAAUGAUGAGGAGUAAACUUGCAGAGUGGACCAUUAUGGUUAUUGCACAUCUGCCAGACGACUGGAAGCCGGGGGAAACCUUCUUUGGCUGUCCUUGGCAAGCCGUUGUCCUCACUGCUUUGGUCGGAGUAGUGAGCUUCACCCUCUUCUUCUGGAGGACCGUGUUGGCGGUGAAGAAGAGAGAAUACCUGGUGGAUGAAAAACGUCUGACAGAGCAAAUUCAGGCACUCAAAAAGGAGAAGAAUGAUGCCCUCACCAAAAUGUCCGAACUCCAGAAACAGACUGAACGACUAAAAGAAAAUCAAAAGCAGUCAAAGGAAACAGUCAGCUGCACAAUGAAAAAGAUGCAAGACCUGGAGAGUAAAGUUUCGGAGGCAGAAAAAUGGAAAAAUAAAAUGGCUGAGGAAAAGAACAAAUACGUAAAACUACUCGAAGACGAGAGAGGGAACUCUAAGCAAAAUGAAAUCAGGAUUGAGAAAUUGGAGAAGUCAAAUGAGAAGCUGCAGCUCAGCAGAAAAAAGAUUCAGGAAGCUCUCGCUAAGACUACCGUCCUGCUGGACGAGUCCAAGAUUCGGGAAGACGCUCGCAACGUUCAGCACAAAUGCCUCGAGAAAGAUUAUGCAGCGCUGAAAGAAGAAAAUAAAACACUUAAGGUUACGAUAAAGAGCUGGGAGGACAAACACACGGAGCUGAACGAGCAGAUUAAAGUCUAUCAGAAGUCCCAGAAAGAGCUGGAGGACUCUGUGGUGCUCAAAGAUCACAACGUAGAGGUGCUGUCUGAACUUCUGGCAGACCUAGACGCUUGUGAUUCACAAAAAGGUGACACCAAAGUUUUAGCCAACGGAGAAGUAGCACCAGUGUCUUUUUCAGACAAGAAAACAGCCAUAAAGAACAGGAUCAAACAGAUGAUGGAUAUUACUCGGGUCCAGACCACCCUGACCGUGGUCGAAGAAGAGCGUGACCGCUUCAUGACCAAACUGCUGAAUGAAGAAAAGACUAGAAAGUCCCUGGAAGAACAACACCAGGAGCUGGAGCACGCCAUCGCAACCCUGAAGAGCGAGAAGAGCCACGUGGAAAACCAGUUCAAGAUCCUCCAGCAGAAAAACGAGAUCAUGGUGGAAAUGUAUCAGCAGAAGGAAAACGCUCUGCAGCAGAGGUUGACAAAGGAGGAGUUGGAGCGACGCAGCAAAGAGAGCAUGCUGUCCGAGGUGGGAGGAAAAGCUGUGGAGGCCGAGGAGCAGGUCAAAGUCUUACGGCAACGCAUUAACGAGAUGGAGGAGCAGAUGAAGAAGACUGAGGAAGUCUACAAAGAGCAGAUAAAAGAACAGGAAAACAAAACUCACUCAAACUGGGUAAAUGCUCGUAACGCGGAGAGAGCUCUGAAUCAAGAGAAGCUCGAAACGUCAAAGCUCCGUGAAAAGCUGGCUGUACUGACCUCCCAGCUUAAUGAGCGCCGCGCUCCUCUCUUCAGACCAAACUCCGGACAGCCGCCAGGUCCUCGCCAAGGUGAUUCAUACGGGCCGUCUCCCGUGAGUGGGGGCGCGCCGUCCCCUCCAAUAAUGAUCGAGGGUCCCAGGCGCCCUCCUUCUGCCCCAGUGGGGCGAAGAAUCGACCCGUACGGCCCACGACCUCCAUCAGACCCACACGGCCGUUACCCAGACAACAAACACAUCCCCGGGAUGGACAUGAUGGGCCCUCGUAGCUCCUCACCUGCCAACAUGGACGCAUCUACAGAAGAAGUAGCUCCACAGAUAAAAGCAGAGGCACAGGCUGAGGCCUCCACAGACAGUCCAGAGCCAGGCCCUGGAUCUUUCCUAGCAUCUCCCAUCAGGGACUCUCCAGUUCAAGGACUUCCACCCCAUGACCAGCUGCCCCCUCCUGGACCCCACGGCCGCCUGCCACCGCCUGGUCCUUACAGACCACCACGACCCGGCCCCUACCACCUCCCGCCGGGUCCUCCACUACCAGCCAAUGGACACCCAGGUAUGCCCCUACCUGGACCAAUGGGAGGAGAUUUUGGACCUCGUCCCACCAACGGACACGCGUUGCAGCACAGGCCAAUGCCUGGACACGUCAUGGAUCCUCGGGGUCCACCGCCGCCACACUUCCGUCCUCCUCCACCUCAUCACUUUGGACCGAUGCCUCCUCCACAUGGUGUCCGUGGACCGAUGGGACCUCGUCCACCCAUGCCUCCCGACAUGCGCUUCCCAGGACCGCGUGACCACACCAGCCCACCAAUGAACCUGCCUCCAGGCGUCCCUCCCCAUCCUUUACACGGCGACGCUUACGCUCAGCCUCCACCCAAUGCCAUCCAGAACUCAGCGGGAGGUCACACCGGGCCCGGACAGGACCUGCACGUGAAGCAGGAGGCCCCUCAGGACUCAGCGAGGCCAACGAUGGUCAAGCCUUAAAAAAACAAAUAAAAAC